AUGGCAGAAAAUAUUGAUAAAACUCGUUUAACUACGGAUCUUCGUUAUCGUUUUGAAUAUAUAUCAAAAUUUCUUGAUUUUUCUCAAACUGAUAUAACAAUACUUAAUAAAUUAUCAACAAUAAUUCAACCUCUUAUACCAGUUAUAGUUGAUAAUGUAUAUAGAAAAUUAUUUUCAUUUGAUAUAACUAAACAAUAUCUUUUAUUACGUCAUACGUGUUUGGAUAAUUUUUUAUCAACAGAUCGAUAUAAUCUUGGUUUUAAUUCUGAUGCUAUGGAAUAUCGAAAAAAUAUGUUAAGUAAAUAUUUAAAAUGUAUAUUAACACAACAUGAAUGGAAUGAAUCAUUUCUUCAAUAUUUAUCUUAUGUUGCAAAAAUACAUACAGAUAAAAUUGGUUCAUCAUUAAUUCAUGUAGAUUUUAUUCAUAUCAUUGCUUUAUGUGGAUAUCUUGAACAAAAUCUUAUUAAUAUUAUAUUACAAUCAGAAAAUCUUGAUAAUCAAACAAAACAUGCAGGUAUUAUGGCAAUUAAUAAAGUUUUUUGGAUUCAAAAUGAUUUUUUUCGAAUGCAUUAUGAAUAUGAUUUGAAUUAA